GCGUGCCGCAGCCAAUCAGAGGAUUGUUUUUCUGUCACGUCGAUGCAGGGAUAGUAAGCUAACGGAUAAUGCAAAGUUAAACUAACAUUAAGAAAGCGGAUUGAUGCACAAAGGCUAAGUGGCGCGAGAGGGAUUAAAUCAUUCGGACCGAAUACUUUUUUGUCGGAAUUUAAUCUGAGGAAAUGUGUGGCGGUCGACACCAAAAGGAGCCACAAAUUGGGUGACGCGAGCUAACCGAGUUAGCCGUAGCGUGCUAAUUUUCAACGCUCGGAAAGGCCGCGGAGAAACGCACGAGCUGCUUCCUGUUCUCGCUCCACUGAGAAUGUAGGUUACACCAUUAAGUAGCAAAAUCAACGUGAUAAAUUCAGCCGUUUGUACCGUGGAGUAAUCGAUUGCAUUAAGGUUUGAAUUAGAGGGGUAUUCACAGGCUAUCUAGCUUGUUAGCUCUCCAGCUAGCUAGCUAGUAUGAGCGAACUGAGGGGCUGCACACAGUCCGCUGACUCCGCGUCGAGGAAGCGGGGUCCAUCACCCGAGCAGGAUGAAGGUAGCACGAUUCCCAGCAAGUCGUGCAAAGUUAGCGGCGCACCAGACGUUAGCGCGGAAAGUUGCAAAAACAGUGAAGCUGAGAGUAAAGAAAUGACUGAAAAUGAAACCCAGCCUAAAGGUAGUGAAGGAGGAGAACCAGCUGUUGCGCAAAAGGAUCAGAGUUCACAUGGCGCUCAACUGCCAACUGUCAACAACUCCAGCAGUGACGAUCACAAAGCCAACAACUCCGAAAAACCCGAGUCGUCAGAUGCAAGAGGAUCAGCUGAUGCAAAGAGAGAUGCAGCAAAGACAGAAGCAUCCAAGCAGUGUCCCUCAACUCCUCUGGACCAGUCCGACUCAGCUGCCAUAGCAGCCGCUGAGGCACUUGCAAGUCUCACAGGAGGAGAUGGAGAAGACAGCCAAGAGACUCCUUGUUCAUCUGAAAAGGCCAAACAGGUGAAACAGGGGAGCAGGUUCAAACAACGCGGGGGUCACCCGUCCUCGAAAGCGGGCUCCAGGACGCAGGCUGCUGCUGCAGACAGCUCCACAUCUGUGCACAGUACAGACAGAGAGGAUGCUGAUGACAUGCCAGAAGCAGACGAUGGCGAUGAGUCGAUAUCAGGAUCUUCGUCUGACCCUAGCUCCUCGUUCCCAUCAGACAACGAGGACAAUGAUGAUGGGGAGUGUGCCAUAGUGUCGGUGAAGAUGGCCCCGGAGAUGAGACAGUCUGUGGCUCUCCUGGCUCAAGUGCAGAUGAGACUCGAGGCUCUUGAGAAGAAAAGCGCCCGGCUUCACCAGCGGCUAGAGCUGAAGAUUAGUCGUCAGCGGCGCCCACAUCUCGACCAGCGCAGCUCCAUCAUGAAAACUAUCCCAGGUUUCUGGGUGACAGCUGUAUCCUUUUACAUAAAAAUACAUUCCCUGUUCUCAUAUUUAUCUUAAAUCGUGACAAAUUUUAACCAAAAUUAAGCUGGAGUUUGUCUUAACCUGAUGUGCAAGCUCUUGAACCAUCCUCACCUCUCAGCUCACAUUGAUGAGUCAGAUGAAGAUGCUCUCAGCUACAUGACUGAUCUGGAGGUAUGAGGGGUUGGUUUCCUCUUACUACAUUCAGCCUUUUAAUGUAUUUGUCUUUAAAAGUGAGUCAUUUUCUCUGUUUCUUUCAGAUCGAAUCAUUCAAGAAUAAUAAACUGGGCUUCAGGAUCCGCUUUCACUUCCGACGAAACCCGUACUUCCAGAAUAACAUCAUCAUGAAGGAGCUGCACCUCGGGAUGGGAGGUAAAAAGCAAUUUAUAUUUCUCGUAAACUAUCAUGCCAAAGCAUUCAAAGACCAUAUCAUCAUUUACUCAACUCAACUUGAUUUGAAAACCACAGCCGACCAAAGUUCUGUACAUAAAUAGACAAAACAGCACAGACAUAAAAAACAAUCAAAAAAACAAUUAAAACAGUGGAUAAAGUAAAAGCAGAUAUUAAAAAGUAAAAUAUAGUUUCAGUGUUUUUAAAAACUAAUUUUAAAAACAUAGAAACAAAUAACUAAAAACAAACCAUAAAACACUAAAACAGGAGCCGAGUCUCAUGCAGGGUUGAAAGCCAAUCAAUAAAAAUGGGUUUUAAGGCGAGUUUUAAAAAAGGACAGUGUGGGGGCUUGUCUGAUUUGGAGGGGUAGCUCGUUCCAUACAACAGAAAAAGAUCUAACCCCUCUGAGCUUCAGUUUUGACCUCGGUACCUCCAGAAGCAGCUGAUCAGCUGACCCGAGGCACCGAGCGAGCAGGGGUGUAGGGGCAGAGAAGCUCAGAGAGGUAAGAUGGAUCCAGACCAUUUUAAGAUUUAAAAACAAAUAAAAGAAUCUUAAAAUGAACUCUAAAAUGUACGGGUAACCAGUGGAGGGAGGCCAGGAUGGGAGUAAUGUGCUCCAGUUAAGAUCCAUUUACCAUCAUUAUUUUCUCACACCAGUACACUUCAGGUUCAGACAGGGUUCAUUUUUCAAUUACUGCCAAACAAACGCUGAGAGUGACGAGUACCAACCCAGAAAACAGAACACAAAGUUCAACCAACUUGUCAGCUUCACACCCACAGUGAGCAGACUCCUCACUUAAGCUGUUUAUGCCAGGAUAAAGUGAUAGUCAUGCUGGAGUUGUUUUCUGCGUGUGUGUGCUUCAAUGAAUAAACAACUUAACACCUCAAAAUGAUGAAAAGUCUGCCACAGUCAUGAGUAGAUUAUACAAUAUUUCACCGACUGAUCAGUUUCAGGGCUGUUGAAUCACGUUAAGUAGAUCUACAGAAGUUAGUAUAAUCAAUCAAUUAAUCAAACUUAAUUUAUAAAGCGCUUUUCCUACAGGGAUGUGACUCAAAGUGCUUUACAGUCAUGUUAAAGACAAAAACAAAAAACUACCCCAGAUGCCCCCUUACCCCCCACGAACCCCGUGGCCGGCCUCUGCAAUCACAAGUGACCACUGCUCCUGGUGCCGAGGGCUCCUUCAGAGGAAACACUGGGGGUCCUAAAAAUGAUAAAAGGAUAAAAACAAGUAAAAACUAAAAUAUGAAUAAAACACAGACCUAAAAUUACCCUCCACUAACUAGGAUAAAUGAAGAUAAAACUAAUGAAUAUCAAUGAAAAGUUAAGCUAAAAAGGUGGGUCUUGAGCCUGCUCUUAAAAACAUGAACGUUCAAUGCGGCCCUGAGGUCCUCUGGCAGGCUGUUCCAUAGACGAGGGCCGUAAUAUUGAAAAGACGCCUCGCCAUGAGUGUGUGUCCUGACUUUGGGAGUGACUAGGGUCGCAGGGUCCGUGAAGGUUCAUAAGGUAAAAGCAGUUCUGAAAGAGAAGAAGGCCCAAGACCAUUAAGACAUUUAAAAACAAGUAAAGGAACCUUAAAAUCGAUCCUAAAACACACAGGGAGCCAAUGCAGUGAUUCUAAAACCGGUGUAAUGUGGGCCCACCUCCUGGUCUUAGUCAGGAAACUUGCUGCUGAACUUUGUAAUAAUUGUAGACCUGAAAUAUUUUUUUGGGGAACACCAGAAAGCAGGGCAUUACAAUUGUACAAAUGACUGUUGAUAAAAGCAUCCAUUAACGUCUCCGUGUUAUAAGGAAAGUAUCUACAGUAGUAUAAGGAAAUAUCAAACCAUUAAAGACUUGUGUGAGUGCUUUUAAGAGUAAAACCGACCACAUCUCACAUGUUCAGCCCAGAAGCGAAGAAAAUAUCCCCUACUGGUGACUGGAGCAGCUUGAACACAGAUCACAAGUGUGUUUGGAGUGAAAGUAGAAAUUUAUCCCUCUGUAUGAUGAGGCAGCGUCAAAGAAUUUGCCUCUCAAAUUGACAUUUUUGAAGCUGGUUUUUGCAUUUUAGGUCACUCACAUUGCUUGUUGAAAGUUUUACUUCCUCCUUUAUAGCAUUAGGAUUUUAAUUUGUCUUUUAAACUCCAACCUGAUUCAAGAUAAAAGUGUGACGAUCAAAGAUAAUAACCCUCCUUUUGUUUGCAGGAUCACCCAUGUCCUUCUCCAACCCCAUCCUGUGGCAUCGUGGACAAAACCUGACAGCCAACAGCGAACCCAGGAAGUCGUCACGUGGGGUCUACCACACUUUUUUCAGCUGGUUCAGUGACCAUAGCAACCCAGGACAAGAUGAUGUAGCACAGGUACAUCUAACUGCACCUCCUCAAAAAUAAAACUUUCCAGCAAAAUAUUCAUUAAAUGACAUAUUUGACUGUAAAGAGUCAGCAGGAUACGAUUUGUAGAGGACAGGAUAAGCAGUAACUGUUUUGUCCAUCACUCAUUAAAAAUGUAUUGUGACGUGUUUGUGUUCAGAUACUUAAGGACGACCUGUACAGAGACCCUCUGAGAUACUACCUCACGCCGCUCUGGGAACCACGGGAGAACGGCAGGUAAAUCACACACAUGUUUACAGACAAACACAGAGUAAGGUGGGGUCUGUGUAUGAACCACUUAUUAAGCUAUAAAUUGUAGAACUAUUUCCAGCCUCGGGGCCUUGAAAGUAUAGUUCACGCUUUAGAUUUUAACAGUUUCCUGUGUUUUUUUUCUUCCUUUCCUUCUACUGAGACCAGGUGGGAUGCACACCUGAGGAGUACGUGUGUAAAGUGUUAACAUCAGCAUGUGUGUGUGUUUUUUUUCUCUCCAGUGGUGGCAGCGGGGCCAGACCAGCUGACAACGGUAAUGGAGACGACUGCGUAGUGAUCUCUGACUCAGACGAGGAGCCUGGUGAGGCAGAACAAGGCCACAGCAGGGAGGAGGAGGAGGAAGAUGAUGAUGAAGAGGAGGCGGAGGAGGAGGAAGAGGAGGAGGAGAGGGGGCCAAGUGCUGGUGAGUGAUAAAGAAGAACGUAUAAGAACAGCCUCAACCCCAGUGCUUCAUUCAGCUGGAUGGGGUGUAGCAACACAGCUGUACAUGACACAUUAACUAGGGCCCGACCGAUUUAUCGGAGAGACGAUUAAAUCGGCCUAUUUUAGCGCGUUUGAGACUAAUCGGUAAUCGGCCAAAACUCGCAGAUUUUCGAUAAGAUUCGUUUUCACUUCAAAAAUUUUCCGCCAUUUGAAAAGUUCCCCGACUUAUCCAGUAGAUGGCGCAGGGACCUCAUGACAAUCUUCAUCCACGAACUACCUCACAGCACAGCAGAGUGACGGAUCUGAAGCAGGCAGCUCAGGGAUGCACGAAUCGGACGGAGGAGAGUGGUCCGCCUCAACGGUAAAUAAACCAGUUUCUGUUCAACCCACUUCACCAUGUUCCCCACUGUGCUGGUCUCGGUCACGCCGAGUUAACGGUGAGCACCAUGUAAUAUGCAAGCUAAAGUUAGAGUUAGCCACCUGCUAUUAGCCUUGCUACACUGUUAGCCGUGCCAGUAACGGUAGAAUAAACAACAGUACACAUUAUGUGAUCGAGCUACUUCUCUUACUGAGGCAGCUGCAUGUCUGAGAGCGGACCGGAAAUGGGUCACGUGAGUUAAGACGCAGAGGCACCAAUCGGCGCAGUUGAAAACGCUUUUCUGGUCGAGUUUGAUUUGUCGGUCUUUCUGUCGGCGUGAAGAGCAGUAGCCUACAGUAUAUCCUCAGUUUAUAUAUUUUUUUUAUAACUUCAUAAAAAAUUUAAAAAAUCGGCCGAUUAAUCGGAUUUUUUCCCCCCUAAUAAUCAGUAUCGGCAUCAGCCUCAAAAGAUCCAUAUUCGUCGGGCCCUAGUUUUAAUAUUAGUUUGAAUUCGUACUGAUAAAACAAAGUGAUCAUUGCUGUUUGUGUUAUUAAAGGAGAGGCAGAGGGAGUGUCAGCGUACAACUUGACUAGCUUUUGUUGUAGCUAUAUUAAGAAUGCCUGGGUAAUGCAGCCUAAACUGAAUAGACAGGAAAUAUGUCCUCCUCAGAUGAGAGCCCAGAGGAGGGCGAGGAGGAUGAUGCUGGAGAAAUUGUGAUCGAUGGUAAGACACCACUCUCGACAGCAGCGCUGCAAAUUCACUCUUUAAAAAUGAACCACAGGUUGGGAUCGAGUAGAGAUAAAAAUUCAUCUUGUUUUGAAUCAUUCAUGCUUCUUAGUUACACUGUUUUUUUUACAAAUUUGAUUUGACCUCAAUCCCCGAAUACAGAGUUAAAGAUCAUUCUUCCUCUUAGCAAAAGUCCUCUGAAACUUCAACUUGUUUUUGUCGUGCAGGCUCUGAUGACAGUGAGCAGGAAGAAGAGGAAGAGGAGGCCUGAGACGAGCCGGAGGAGACAAACGCGGGACCAGCUACCAGGAAGAUAACGAGCAUGCCUACUUCGGCAACGAGACACAGAGCAAUUAAUUCUCAUUUUUAUGCACAGAAUAUCAUUGUUUUGUUGUUGUUUUUUUAAAAUCUAAAUUCAUCAAAAUCCUUUUAAAUCAGGGUUAACUAAUAACGAAGCCAAGGCAGCAUGUCCCCCCCUCUAUUUUAUAUAGUCAGUGCUGUGUACUCUGAUGUACUCUGAUUCACUUUUUGCAAAAAUACUGUUUUCUAAACUGGUUCUGAGGCACGAUACGUCUGUCAGUUCAUAUUAGGUAUCGCUCUUCUAUAGUGGAGGAGCGUACACUCACACUCACGCACACGCGGGCACACAUUGAUGAGAUUUAGAUGGUCGCUAUUUAUGGCGUUAAAAAAAAUUCUUCAAAGGAAACAAAAAAAAAAAAAAAGCAGAAACUUCAAGUGGCAUUAAAAGUGAUCAUUUCCAGACAGUUUUUUUUUCUGUUUUUAGGAACGACAUGCAAAAGACAAACAUGUCAAAAGUUAUCAAGAUAAAACGAGAGUACAUUUUAGAUGCACCGAACCAAAAUUAGUUCUCAGGGAUGAUCAUGGUAGUAGUUUUAUCGAGUGGACAUCACUGAUUUUUACACAUUGACACACUUUGGCUGUUGUUGGUUGUAUAUAAGGAAACGUGUACUCUACUGUAGUAAAUAGGAACAGAUAUUGUUUAAAUAUGCUCCCUGUGUUUCUCCUUCACCUCUUGAUCUUGUCACACCUGAUCCUGUAAACCGUCAUUGCAUAGUUUUACUGAUGUUUCUGUGGGUACUUCAACAAGUAGUUUUGUGUUUCUUUCUGUCUUAACUUGCUUUCUGAAACAUUUAUAGUUUGAUUUGAUGUUCUGUGUUUUAAAAUCUGUUGUGUUAUCUUCUUUUUAAAAAGACUGUAUUUAUUACCUGGCUUUUCUACAUGUCCACAUUAUGGCAUGCCUGUGAGCAUGAAGUGUGAGGUGAGGCGAUUACAUUAGGGCUUUUUUUUUUCCUCUCUGUGCAGUGUCGGUAAAUGUCGUUAAACUCACACCAACACCACGAGGUGCACUGUAACAAAACUAGUAUUUGUAUUUGCUUACUUUCUUAUUAGCAAUGACCUGUAAAUAAUAUUUCAGCUUUGUCUUUUGGACGAGACACAUAUUUAAUCCAUGGAUAAGUUUAUCAAUAAUCUGGACUUUUUUCAUAAACAUGAUCAGAAAGGUAUAUUUUGUGUGCUGUGUUUUAUAGGACACUGUAGUUUAAGGAAACCUACCUGUUUGUUGCUUUGGUUCAUUUCGUUUGCUUAAAGAUAAAUGUCCACCUUUUGACUCAGACCUAAUAAAUAGGCAGUUGUUAAAAUA